AUGGUUUCACUGAAGCGCCGCCGUGCAGGGAUGCGUGUCAUUUUGCCCCAACCCCAUAUGAUCUUCCAUUUCACAAAGCCCCAAGAUUUCGAUCACCUCGGUGACGAUGAUGUCGUAGGCGACAGUUCCGUGGAAUCCGAUGCAUGUUCUGAGACUAGUCCCGACCACAAUUCUUGCAAGAAAGACAGUCAUUCUCAGUCUCAACCAGAACAGAAUGGUAAGAGUAGCAACAACAGCUCCGGUUCUGCGAAGAUGUCGUAUUUCGAUUGUAACUUGUGUUUCAAAUCGGAGAGGCAGCCGGUUGUGACGGCGUGCGGGCAUUUGUUUUGCCAUUCUUGCUUGUGCGACUGGCUCGAGUUUCGUCGGAAGUGUCCUGUCUGUGAGGCGGAGGUGGUUGACGGACGCAUCUUUCCGAUUUACCAAUGCAGUGGACCGAGAUCGAAGUAUUAUGGUACCAAGUGA